UAGUCCAGACGUUUCUUUACUAUUCUUCAACCGAAAGAUAGUCCUUUCCGUAGUAGAGUCCUUUUAAAGUCCGCUUAGGUGAACAGAACAGUGGCGACGAGGAGAAAGUGUUGUUUUUAGCACCAAUUUUCACGGCCGUUUGUGGUUUCGCACAUUUUGGCGUGAUUUUAUCCACCCCUAUUGAAGCCAACUCCGCCAUCCACCGAUUUGAGGAAUCUCUGACGACAUCACUGGUAAACUGUGGUAGAGGCGGCAAAAUCAUUCUACCGCUUGUGUUUAUUUGGUGGUAGUGGUGUGGUAGACUGUCAAAGAUCGAACUAUACCAGUGUACUACGGGCUGUAGCCAUCGCAUUUGAAAUACAUUCUAUCAACAAUUUGUCGGUGCAUCGUGCAACAAAGUGCAUUUUACGUUGGGCGUUGACCCCUGUUGCGACCGUCCAGUUUGGCGAUAUUUUGGUGAAGGUGAUUGCUGUGAUUUUUGCUUGGUUGGACUACUGUUGCUACUGCUUGUGGUUCAGGAGCUUGGCCCGGUUUGUUGCUGUUGAAGGGCUCCCAGGAAGUUGCUGUUUUUGAAGGGUUUGCCGUUGUUGUUGUUGCUGUUGGUCAGAGUGCUUCUAACGUUUCUGACUUUUGUGCUGAGAGUUUGGACGCUUGAUUGCUACUUGGUUUCAGAGUGAGCUUUGGUUCGUCGCAGCGAUCCUACAGGAUGUCCAUAACGAUGACUACCGAACCGUUUAUUCCGGGUACAAUCCCAUUUUCGCAGUACCUGGAACAGCUAGAGUGGCAAUUUCUGCAUAAUAAUUAUGGGGAGGAUAGAUACAAAACCUCUUUUCUAGCUGUGUGUGGUACAGAAGUUUUCACACAGCUGAAACUUCUAUUUCCCGGUAGAAAUUUGAAGGAUUUGUCAUACAAAGAAAUAACAGAAGCGCUCCAAAACGCUUUGAUAAGAAGGAUUCGGAUGUUAUUCAUACAUUCAAAUUCUGGACACGCCGGCAAAAUCCCAACGAGAAAUCCGAGGAUUUUGUGUUAGCUAUUAAACAAUUAGCUGAACUUUGUGGUUUUGGUGCUUUUAAAGAGCGCGCUAUUAGGGACGCGCUAGUGAUUGGUGUAAACGAUCGUCAAUUACAGAAGCGGCUUUUUGACGAGGAAGAUUUGACUUCCGAAAGAGCCGUCAAGCUUAUUGUUAGUCAAGAGUUGUCUUCGGAUAGAACGAGGUUAAUGGAUAGAGAUGAUGAUCGUAGAGGGAGUGUGAUUGCUAGAUUAGGACGUCGGGCAGUCCGUUCACCUGGCCGAAGGAGCUAUCGGAGUAGAAGUCGUAGCAGAGACAGGAAUCACAAUAAUUCAUUUUCUUCCAGAAAUGGUAGUCAAUACAAAAGUCCGCGGAAACCUUUUGUGUGCUCAUUUUGUAACAAAACAGGGCACACCAAGAAAUUUUGUUUUCGUUUAAAGCGAAAAAGUCCUCGCAAAAAUCGUCAUGACGUCAAGUUUAUUGAAACCUCUAAGCCUGCGAUAGCCGAACAUACUUCAGGUCUUUUCAAGCGAUUAAAGGAUGAGUUGAGCUCGGAUUCUGAGGAUGAAGUUUUAGGAUGCAUGAUGAUUGCAUCGAAGCGUAGAGCUAAUGAGCCAUGUUUAGCGGAGUUAAUUGUUGAAGAUAAGAAAACAACUAUGGAAGUUGACUGCGGGUCUGCCGAAAGCGUUAUAUCCGAGGAGUUGUAUCGAAGAAACUUUAAAAAUUGUCCACUGGAGGCCUGCAAUAAACGGUUAUUUGUAAUUGAUGGAAAUAGACUGGAUGUUUUAGGGAAAGUUCGCGUAAGUGUGCGAAUGAAAGGAAUAAUCAAAAAACUGUUUAUGGUGGUGCUGCGCUGUGAUAAGGACUUCGUUCCACUGAUGGGGCGAACAUGGCUCGAUUGCUUCUACGAUGGAUGGAGAAAUACAUUUUCUGGUACUUCGGUACAACGCGUGAAUGCCCUAACGGAGGACGAAACAGUAGACAGAAUCAAGAGUAAGUUUCCCACAUGCUUUGAUAAAGAUUUGUCUAACCCGAUAGUCGGCUUUGAGGGAAACCUUAUUCUUAAAGACGAUACACCUAUAUUUAAAAAAGCGUAUGGAGUUCCACUGAGAUUGCGGCCAAAAGUGUUAGAACAUUUAGAUUCACUGGAAAAAGAUGGUAUAAUCACUCCAGUGGGUGCUAGUGAGUGGGCUUCGCCGGUCGUAGUUGUUUUGAAGAAAGAUCAAAGCAUAAGACUCGUUAUCGAUUGUAAGGUCUCCAUAAACAAGCUUAUUAUACCGAACACCUAUCCUUUGCCAUUACCCCAAGAUUUUUUUGAAUGCAAUGAUUUCAAAGCAUUGACCAAACAUGUUAUGCUACAUAUAUCGAAAGGACAUCCGGUAUUUUGUCCGUUGAAAUGUCGUACCGGUAAACCGUUUACGACAACGAAUAGUUUGAAGAUCCACAACAUGUAUUACCACCGACGAAUGUCCAUUACGAAGGAAACGCCCAAGCCGCAAUCGCCUAAGGCGGCGGAAAAUAGAUGUGCGGAACCUAUUGACGAUGGUCAGGUUCCAGAAGCAUCCAUCCAAGAGUCAAUGAGGGGGAAGGAGAGUGAAGGAAAUAUGAUGGAAGAGUUGUUUGUGGUUCGGAAAAGCAUAGAAAAAGUGUUCGGAGCUUUGUUUCUCAAAUUGGUUUCGAAAACCACGUCAUGGAAGUUGUUAUUCAGGAAAUCGUAG